AUGAAGCUUCUUCCGGCCACCCUCGGCCUCGUCUUAGUCCUCCUCCUCGUUCUGAAUCCCAAUGGUGUCGAGGCCCGGCCUGCGCCUACCGAUGGCCAUCAGAAAAAGCCGUCGAGCAACACCUUCUUCGUCUUCGGGGAUGACUUCGCCGACAACGGGAACCUCCCUCCGACCAACCCUGUUACCGAGAUGUCGCGGCAGUGGGCCUACCCCUACGGCUCCGGCUACGUUGACGCCGAUGGGUUUCCGCGGCCGAAUACUCCGUCCGGCCGCUUCUCAAACUACAAGAUCCAAUCAGAUUUCAUCGCAACAAUGUUGGGCUUGGAGGAAGCCCCUCCGGCGCAUGCUCACACGGCAGAGAAAACCUGCGACCCCUCGGGCAUGACCUUUGCUUAUGGUGGCUCUGGGGUGUUUGAUAGUACGUCAAACGAUGUCCCCACCCUCGCCAAGCAGGUGGAGACUUUCAAGAAGAUGGUCAAGGACAUGACCAUCACAAAGAAGCAAUUGAGUGGCUCCGUAGCGCUCGUGGCCUUCUCCGGCAAUGAUUAUGCAAGCACCGGCGUCAUCGGCCUAACUAACCCCAAGGAUAUCAAUGCUUAUAUUGGGAAGGUGACCAAGGAGAUUGUGGCCAAUGUGGAGCAGUUGCAGAAGAUUGGGGUGAAAAAAGUUCUCGUGAACAACUUGCACCCCAUCGGUUGCACGCCAUCACAAACUCGAACCAACAACUACACCGCAUGCGAUAUCUUUGGGAAUUUGGGCGCAUCGAUCCAUAACAGUAACUUGAAACAAGUGAUGGAGGCAAAGAAAAAUGUCCACAUUAUUGAUCUAUACACCGCGUUCACAAAUAUUGUGGAUCAUGUGCCGGGUAAAGGCUCAGAGCUAUCCAAACAGUUCAAGCGCAAGAUGUCGCCGUGUUGCGAGAGCUUGAAUUCAAAGGGUUACUGUGGAGAACAGGGCGAGUCAUCGGAGCUUCUUUACAAUGUGUGUGAUAAGUCCAACAAUUUUUUCUACUGGGACGACAUGCACCCGACGCAUGCCGGGUGGGAGGCGGUCAUGAAGCAGUUGGAAAGGCCUCUGAGAGAGUUUAUAGAUCAAGACUAG